GAGGAACUCAGACAGUCCUCGGGACUGAGAGGUGAAAUGGCGCAGACAGGAGUUCAGCUGCAGAGAGAAACCUUCUCUUGUCCCUGCUGUUUGGAUCUACUGAAGGAUCCGGUGACUCUUUCCUGUGGACACAGCGUCUGUAUGAACUGUAUUAAAGACCACUGGGACAAAGAGGACGACAGGAGGAUCUACAGCUGCCCUCAGUGUAGAGAGAUCUUCACACCGAGGCCUGAAGUGAAGAAAAGCACCAUGUUAGCAGUUUUAGUGGAGGAGCUGAAGAAGACUGGACUCCAAGCUGCUCCUGCUGAUCACUGCUAUGCUGGAGCUGAAGAUGUGGCCUGUGAUGUCUGCACUGGCAGGAAACUGAAAGCUCUCAAGUCCUGUUUGGUUUGUUUGGCGUCUUACUGUGAGGAACAUCUCCAGCCUCAUUAUCAAUCACCUCCAUUCAAGAAACACAAGCUGGUGGAGCCGUCCAAGAACCUCCAGGAGAACAUCUGCCCUCGUCACAAUGAGGUGAUGAAGAUGUUCUGCCGCACUGAUCAGCAGUGCAUCUGUUAUCUCUGCCCUGUGCAUGAACAUGAAGACCAUGACACGGUCUCAGCUGCAGUAGAAAGGAAGCAGAAGCAGAGAGAGCUAGAUCUGAGUCUCGACGAAAUCCAGCAGACAGUCCAGGACAUAGACAGAGAUGUGAAGGUGCUUCAACAGCAGAGGAAGACUCUCAGUCUCUCUGCUGAUAAAGCAGUGGAGGACACUGACAAGACCUUCACUGAGAUGAUGCGUCUCCUGCAGAAAAGAAGCUCUGAUGUGAAGCAGCAGAUCAGAUCCCAGGAGGAAAAUGAAGUGAGUCGAGUCAAAGACGUUGAGAAGAAGCUUCAGCAGGAGCUCACUGUGCUGAAAAAGAGAGAAGCUGAACUGAAGCAGCUCUCACUCACACACGAUCACAACCAGUUUCUCCUCAACUACCACUCACUGUCAGCACUCAGUCCAUCCACACACUCGUCCACCAUCAACGUCUGUCCUCAGAGACACUUUGAGGAAGUGACGGCGGCUGUGGCAAAGGUCAGAAGUCAACUGCAGGAAGACCUGACCAAGACGUGGACAAACUUCUCACUGGCUGUGGCUGAAGUAGAUGUUUUACUGCCAGAACCAGAACCAAAGACCAGAGCUGAAUUCUUCAGAUAUUCACAAGAAAUCACACUGGAUCCAAACACAGUAAACACACGUCUGUUAUUAUCUGAGGGAAACAGAAAAGUGACAUUUAUGAAGGAAGAUCAGUCUUAUUCUAGUCACACAGACAGAUUCAUUUAUUGGUGUCAGGUCCUGAGUAAAGAGAGUCUGACUGGACGUUGUUACUGGGAGGUGGAGUGGAGAGGAAGAGGAAGAGGAGGAGGAGUUUCUGUAGCAGUGACGUACAAGAACAUCAGCAGAUCAGGGAGUUCAGAUGAAUGUUCGUUUGGAUUCAAUGACAAAUCUUGGGCUUUAGUUUGUAAACAAAACAGUUGUGAGUUUGUUCACAACAGAAUCGGAACUAAAGUCUUUGAUGGUUUGUCCUCCAGAGGAGGAGUUUACCUGGAUCACAGAGCAGGUCUUCUGUCCUUCUACAGAGUCUCUGACACCAUGACUCUCCUCCAUAGAGUCCAGACCACAUUCACUCAGAAUCUCUAUGCUGGAGUUAGGUUUCAUUCUUCUUCUUCAUCUGGAGACACAGCUGAGUUCUUUAAACUCAAAUAG